AUGAUGACCAGUUUUUCUGGCCUUUUGAAGCAUGGAGCUUCUUUAAAGACCGGGACCCUCAGAAGCCCAUAUUUUGAUGGCCGAUGCUAUGCCCUUUCGCAGGCCUUGGCAUCCGACAUUGUUGAUGGGAAUCUGCAGAAUCUCUCCCGGGCGGCCUACGAGGCAGACGGAAGUUCCUCUGAAGAUGUGGACAUGGGCAAGUGGGUGAAUCUUUCAAGUCUCAACGUGGACCUCGAAAGGGUCCACUUGAGUACUGACUUGACCGCGCGUGUCUUGGAAGCAUUCUUGAAGAAUGAGGCCGCAUACGAAUGGCCAGACCUGGCUUUGGGGAACUCGUAUUUUUACUACUGGAAUGCACGAGCAGUGGCAACAUUCAAGCAUCUGGUCUUUGCAGCUGUGAAUUCUCCAUUGCAUGGCUCCGAGAUCUUGAAGCGUUUGCCACAGCAUGCUCCCCAAGUUCCGCCUUCAGAGACUUCACACAUGCAAUCGCUGUUCUUGAAGCUUGAAAGAGAUGCAGAGGCCUGUCUCACUUGCAGGGCUCCGGCAGAAAGUCCCCGGUCUCCCUGGCAGCUCAUCAUGAGAACAAUGUCUUCGGAGACGCAAGCAGUCGUCAAGACAGUACAUCCAGGGCGGAACAGCCGGAACAGCUUUGCUGUGGUACAUGUUCGGUGUGAUCCGAACAUCCUGAAGAGACACGCUGACUAUGGUCUCUUGAGGCACCGCUUCGUGGCAGACCGCUUACCGGCCAAUGUGCAAAAUCUGGUCGUUGUGGGCGAAUCCAUAUCCUUUGAUGUGAAGAAUAUCUGUGGCAAAUGCAUCAAGGAUUUCCAGGAGUACAUGGAGCAGAGGAACGUCUCGGUGGAGCUGCGCUCCAAUGGCACUCAGGAGGAGGACUGGCACUUUCUGGCAUCGGCGCCGUUGCUCUUCUGCGCGCCGUCGACUUUUUGUGCAAGUGCAGCAUUUGGGAACCCAAACCAGGUCUUCUUGGCUGUGAAUGACAACACCUCCGUCCGACAGCCCUUGUUCUCUGUGCCUUCGCCUCGUAACCUGCAGUGGGUGCAGACCGACUUCCUUCCUGGACAGUGGCUGAAGCACCAGAGCUGGGAGGACACGCGAGACUACCUCCGGGCAAGCAGCUGCGCGGUGAGUUUCUGUGUUCCUCGUGCGAAUUGA